GCUGUUCCCUCUCCUCCUCUAUCCGUGUCUCCGCCGUGCACAGCGGACUCUCUCCUGUCUCUGCCUCGCAGUGUGCAGGUGUGUGUGCACCGACUGUCCGCUCAAGCUUUUCACACUUUCACCACAUUUGGGAGCGAUUUUGGAUACUAAACCGAGGCGGCAACUCACACUGGAAGUAGGCUGCCCACUGUCCACCCCGGCUGAGAGGAUGUUGCAGUGAUAGACAGCAGAGCAGCUUCUCCACUGUAUCGCACUCAGCCGGCAUCGUCAGCUGUUGCUCUAGCAGAGAGUGAAGAGUCGGGAGCAACAGAGGAAAAGGCCAAACUAUGCGACUGACUUUCUGCCGGUAACCGUUUUCCACCAUAAGUCGACCGGGGAGCGGAUGCGAGCAGAGGUUGCCAACGAGCCUCUGACUAUUUUCUGCUCUUUGUCGGUGCCGGAGGAGCUGUGCCAAUGGAGAAAGCGACUCCGCCGCCCCAGCCCCAGCUCCAGCUGUCGAUAGCGAAGACUGAAAGUCCAGCGGAGGACAUCUCCGGGCUGACUGACGAGGAGCUGCUCAAGUGGACCAAGGAGGAUCUGGUGCGGCGGCUGAGGCGCUCCGAGGCCGACAAGAUGAGCGUGAUUCUGGACCACGGGAAUCUCAUCCGAGAGGUCAAUCGCAGCCUCCAGCUGCACUUGAACGAGAUCAGGGGGCUGAAGGAUAUUAACCAGAAGCUGCAGGAGGACAACCGUGAGCUGCGGGACUUGUGCUGCUUCCUGGAUGACGACCGCCAGAAAGGCAAACGUGUGUCCAGGGAGUGGCAGCGCUUGGGACGCUACAGUGCCAGCAUCAUGCGCAAAGAGGUGACCCUCUAUCUCCAGAAACUCAAGGAGCUGGAGCUUCGACAGGAGGAGGUUAUCCGGGAGAACCUGGAGCUGAAGGAGCUCUGCCUGCUGCUGGAUGAGGAGAAGGGGGUGGUGGGUGGAGGAAGUGGCAGCGGAGGAAGCGUAGGGGGAGGGAGUGUAGGCGUGGGAGGGUGCCGCAACUCCAUAGACAGCCAGAGUAGUUUGCUGCUGGUGCCCGGGCAGGGGCUCCUGAUGAGAGACGUGGGUGACGGGAGCAGCACCUCCAGUGCCGGGAGCGCUGACAGCUCCGAUCACCCUCACCACAAGCAGCCUCACCUGGCUCCAGGCAUGGGUGGGGUUGGUAGUGGUGGGGAGAAAGGGAGCCCUGAGCUUGUGCACAAACCCAGGUGUAGCAGCAUCAGUGGAAUAGGAGGCGGAAGUGGAGGAGACAGGGAUGUGUCCAGCCCCGAGCACCCUGCUGGGCGCCACCGGAGUACAAGCCUGGAGUAUCCAUACACCUUGCCUCAGCUGUGCAGGCCCCGCUGUGGCUCCAUAUCCGUGCCUGACCACAGUCGAGUGAUGCGGGGCCUCAGCCCGGAAAAGUAUGGUAGGAAUGUGGGCCGACGCAGUCCGGAGCAGCACCCCAAGCACCACAGCUCGGAUCUCCUCCUGGGCCAGAGGCAGCACUUCCCGGGUCAGGGAGGCAGUGGGGAGCUCUAUCAGAGGCACAACAGGAGCAGCAUUAGCAGUUUAGGCUGUGGGAGCCCAGAGCCCAGGCAGGCACAUUUAGGGGCCACUGAGCACCAUGAAAAGGGCUGCGUGGUCCAAGGGGGCAGCCCUGAAACUCAUAGGCACCAGUACAGUAUGAGCCCCGACCAUGUGAAGUUUGGCAGCCCUGUGAGAGACGGGCAGAGGAGGCCGGCCGGAGACGAGCUGUCGCCACACCAUCGGAGCAUCUACAAUGGCAUGAAUGCUUUGAUAUCAGCCGGCUGCUGCACCAACAACUGUAGAAAUGUCAAGCUAUGGGACAGCUUUGAUGCCUCCUCUUGACCCCAACUUGACCAGCUAGGCUCCUCAAACGGAGGGGAGGUUGCAGUGGUACAGCCCUCCAGUGUCUCCGGCCUGGAUAGACACGAGGGCCCCUGGACGCCACCCUCCAAACUCCGGAUGGUCUGUCGUCCAUGGCCUCAUCCAUGUCCACAGCCCUGAAACAGCCUGCCUCCAUGUUUUUAUUUCUACAUAUCGAGAGUUUGAGGGAAGAGAGGGAGUUCUGGGGGGAAUGCUGUUAGUACGGUUGGUAAAACUCGAAGACUGCCGUAGCUAAAUGGAUAAGAGUGGAUAUCUCUCCCUUCCAACUGUGACACGGCUACCUCCCGGAGAGCGCCUGCAGAAAGGGAGGGACACCGGGGAUCGGUGAGAGAAGAUGUAGAGGACUCUGCACUGUUUUGUGCCGCUACCCUCUGUUUACAAAUGUACAUCACUGGUGGAGAAGCACAUAAAUUAAACUUUGUAUACCCUGCUGUUCGAAACCUGAAUCAUUAUCCCACACUUUUCCCCCUUUCCCACCCUGUUUAUCCACUCCCUCCCUCUUCUCCUUCAUCUUCAGAUAUCCAUCAUCUUCAAAGUGUGUAAUGAGACUGGUGUAAUCUUAACGUUCUGUCUCUCGGUCUCCAAAUCCAGCCGAUCACAUGAUCCAUCAUCUUCAAAUGAAUUUAAAAACAAAACAAAAAGCAUAAUUGUCAAAGAUGUUCUAGCAAAGAAAAAAAAACAACCUCUUCCUGUGUCUUAAACCAAGAUGGUCAUCAUUACUAGCUGCUGACAGAUGUUCUAGUUCUAUAAGAUGCAAUGUUCAGGUGUAAUUUUUCUUUUUUGUAUUAUCUUUUUUGCUCCCUUAAAGCGCCUAUAUUGAAGCUGGGGAGAAGAUUAUACGUUUCUCCAUGUUGUUUUUUACAAGGAAGUAAAGUCCAAGUAAAAAGUAGAUUAUUGGAUUAGUUUUCUAUAUAUCUAUAUAUAUAAAUAUAAUAUGAUUAUUAUUUUUGACUUACUGGUAUUAGAACUAUUAUAUGAAGAUGCAUAAUGAUAUCUAUCGAAUAAUAAACAGACUUCUUUAUGUAAAAGUGCAUCGCCUGCUCAGGUUUUA